ACCUCAGACAGAUUUGCACAUAGCCAAGUGCUUCAGCUGUGCCCUGGACACACAGCCCAGGCACAGCUGUCCCAGCAGAGGGGACAGCUGGGACAGACCCCCUUGCUCUGUGCUGGGGGGUGCCCAGGGCUGAGCUAAGCACAAGAGCAGCCUGGGGUACACACUGCUGAGCAGGACAGUGUCUGCUCUCUCCUCUGCCAACAGCCAGUUCAAAGUCUGAAUCAGUGAAUUGUCUCAUUUUCCACUCAAAGGAGGACAUGGAGCUUUGGGCAGAAAGGGACAAAUCAGAGUCUACUCCUGCUCUAGAAUAAUCUAGGAUAAAAUCCCCGUGGCUUGAAAUAGUGCUGUGAACACACAGAAAGCUGAGGAAAAAAAGGUAUUAUUUUUGGCUGAAAAUAUUUAUGGCUGAUGCAGGAACUCUCUCAUUAGUUACUCAUUGCCUCAGAAAGUCUCAUAAAACAGCCAGUGGAGCCCAGCAAAUACUUUAGUCUUGUGGGAGCUCAGAAAUCCAGGAAUUGAACGAGGCCUUGAACCCAUUUUAUAGACCUACUUCUUACUGAACAACCAUAAAAUAUUAAAAUUCAGACCCUAUAAAUAAGGAGGGGAAAGAACUGUGCACUUCCCAGCAGAAGCAGCCUCUCCAGAGACUCUUCCCAAGGUAAGUCCAGUGCUACCUGAUCCAGAGUCAGGUUCCCCAGACUGACAGGUGAUCAGGGACAACAAACUCAUGUAAUGGAGAUUAGAGACAUAAAACCCCCUUGAAUCUGCUCUGAACUGGAAAAUGCCCUGCAACAAUGGACUCUGUUUAUUCCCUGGUGACCCUGUGCCUGCUGUGGGGGCUCUCCCCGGGAUGUCUGAUGGCUGCAGGGAUUAACCCCUGCGAGCCCUGGGCAGAGGCAGCAGUGCUGUGAUCCUCUCUCCAACAGAGCCAGCUCUGCUCCGAGAUGGCGCGGAGACGCAGCCUCGCCGUGCCCAUCCUUGCUGUUUCCUUCUUGGCAUGUGUGGCCACAGGCUUGGAACUGUCUGUAAAUAACCACGCUGCUGACUUCACCCUGUCUACAGGGCUGAGCCCUGCCAUCUCCCUCUCGUGCCUGGUGCACAACAGCAGCCAGGCCGAGGAGCUGCUCUGGUACCGCGGAACGGGGCAAGUGGAUCUGAAGGAUGGCAAUAAAGUGAACAUCAGCAACAUCUGCAUAUCCCCGGUCAACGAGUCUGACAACGGAGUCAUCUUCACGUGCAGGCUGGCACGGGACAAGUCUGUGCAGGUGUCUGUGACUCUGGAUGUGCAGUUCCCUCCCCAGCUGAGUGGAGAGGAGACCCUCCAUGUGGAAGAAGAGAAAGAUGCUACUCUGACCUGCAACUCCAAAUCCAACCCUCAAGCCCAGAGCGUCUGGUUAAAGGACAACCAGAUCCUGACCCUGCAGCAAAGUCGCCACAAGCUGUACCAGACCAGUGAGGUCUUUCAGCUCUCCAUCAGCAAAGUGCAGAAAUCUGACAAUGGUACCUACACCUGCGUGGUGGAAUCACGCCUGGGAAGUGGGACAAGGGAUUUCCACCUCAUAGUUGAAGAUAAAAAACCUGUUUUUCCCAAGGAGGCUGUUAUUGCUGCUGUCGUGGUGGUUACAAUCACAAUACUUUUUGGAAUUGUGGCUCGAAGAGAUACAUUUUUAAAGUGCUUCAAGAAACCAAAAGAAACAGCUCUGAGGUGAUUUUUCGUUUCUUCUGUUCAUUUUGCUGCAGGUAAAGAACACCCAGAAAACAUCAUUUCUAUGGUCAGCCAAAGCCAUUCUGUGAGAUGAUGAGAUAAAGCACUGAAACUGUUUUUUUGGGAUCAAGUUUAUAUGUUUUUUCAAAAUACAAGUCGUUCUUUGCAUCUGUUGAUUCUAAGCUGCUGCUUAGAGGGUCAGAACUGUUAGAACUGGUCACUGGGAACCUUUCCUUGGAGCACCAUUCAGGCAGGUGGGCUGCAUGAGAUGAUGCCAGCUCUUGCCCUCCUUGCUUAUUCCAACAAUGAAUGCAUGUGCAGUCAGGCAUGUGGGUUGUUCAUCAGUCUACAGAGCAAUCUCUUCUGCAUUAUGAUGCUGAUGCUCACAAAUAAAGUGAGGUGUUGGGCUGACAGCUUUCUGUCCUGCAGUGCCAUUCCACAGGGUGUUGGGGUGGUGGCCACCCAACCCUCUGCCCAGAUCCUGUGGGCAUCUCAGCUUCUCCUGCCAG